CAUGUGAGCGCAGUGCCGGCGGGGGCGGGGCGAGGCGGCGGCGCGCAGUCCCUGCUGGGAAUUGUAGUCCUUGCCCCGCCUUUGCCUCGCGCCGACCCCGCCCCUGGAACUACGCUCCCGUCGUGCUCCGCGGCGCCAGGCGGAGACGAGGCAAGGCGGGGCGGGGCGCGCCGGGCCGGUUGCUAAGACUUGGCGAAGCGCUGCGCUCGCGCCCGGAUCCCUCAGUCGGCAUCGCUGAGGAUGGAGCCCGCUCCGGGCCUCGUGGAGCAGCCCAAGUGCUUGGAGGCCGGGAGCCCGGAGCCUGAGGCAGCGCCCUGGCAGGCCCUGCCUGUCCUGUCGGAGAAGCAGUCGGGGGACGUGGAGCUGGUGCUGGCCUACGCCGCGCCCAUCCUGGACAAGCGCCAGACCUCACGCCUCCUGAAGGAGGUGUCGGCCCUGCACCCGCUCCCUGCCCAGCCUCACCUCAAGCGGGUGCGGCCCAGCCGCGAUGCCGGCAGCCCCCACGCCCUGGAGAUGCUGCUGUGCCUGGCCGGGCCAGCCUCGGGCCCGCGCUCGCUGGCUGAGCUCCUGCCACGGCCGGCUGUGGACCCCCGCGGCCUGGGGCAGCCCUUCCUGGUGCCUGUGCCCGCCCGGCCGCCUCUGACCAGGGGCCAGUUCGAGGAGGCCCGGGCCCACUGGCCCACGUCGUUCCACGAGGACAAGCAGGUGACCAGUGCGCUGGCUGGGAGGCUCUUCUCCACGCAGGAGCGCGCCGCCAUGCAGAGCCACAUGGAGCGGGCGGUGCGGGCGGCCCGACGGGCGGCGGCGCGUGGCCUGCGGGCCGUGGGGGCCGUGGUGGUGGACCCGGCCUCGGACCGCGUGCUGGCCACCGGCCACGAUUGCAGCAGCGCAGACAACCCCCUCCUGCACGCCGUCAUGGUGUGCGUGGACCUCGUGGCGCGCGGCCAGGGCCGCGGCACUUACGACUUCAGGCCGUUCCCCGCCUGCUCCUUCGCCCCGGCGGCCGCCCCCCAGGCCGUCCGCGCUGGCGCCGUGCGUAAACUGGACGCAGACGAGGAUGGUCUCCCCUACGUGUGCACCGGCUAUGACCUAUACGUGACCCGCGAGCCCUGCGCCAUGUGCGCCAUGGCCCUGGUGCACUCUCGCAUCCUGCGCGUCUUCUACGGCGCGCCCUCGCCCGACGGCGCCCUGGGCACCCGCUUCCGCAUCCACGCACGGCCAGACCUCAACCACCGCUUCCAGGUGUUCCGCGGGGUGCUGGAGGAGGAGUGCCGCUGGCUGGACCCCGACACAUAGGCGCCGCCCUCCUGCCUCCGGACCCAUCCCGCUCUUGGCCGAGGGCGCCCCUCCUGGACUUCCGGUCCUCGAUUUCUCUCGCAGAAGCGUGUCUGUGGAUUUCAAGGACACACACCGCCUCCAGCGGGGAUCACAGGUGCUGCCUUCCGUGCGGAGCGAGCUUUCCUGGCACUUGUCAUUGGUGCCACCCCUGUGCCUGCGGGGCUCUUCUGCGGAUGCCCUCGCAGCUUUUGUGUUCCCAUGUGUCUCGCGGGCCAGGAAAAAGCUCUGAUGGGAAAAUAAACAGCUUAAAACCAA